AGAAGCUGUUUCUGUACGGACGCUUUUAAGCUGCGCACCAUUAGAAAGAAGCGCCGCAUUCUCACAUUUUCGCAAGUGUGGCUGCACAGAUGGCAACUACAAAGGUUCCAGAGGUUCGGGACAUCACACGAAUCGAGAGAAUUGGUGCACAUUCUCACAUUCGUGGCCUUGGUUUGGAUGAUGCUUUGGAACCAAGACAGGUGUCUCAGGGGAUGGUUGGCCAGCUGGCCUCCCGUCGAGCCGCAGGAGUCAUCUUGGAGAUGAUCAAAGAUGGCCACAUUGCUGGCAGGGCAGUACUGAUUGCUGGCCAGCCUGGCACAGGAAAAACUGCAAUUGCUAUGGGCAUCGCCCAGUCUCUUGGCCCUGAUACGCCCUUUACAGCACUGGCUGGUAGUGAGAUCUUCUCCCUGGAGAUGAGCAAGACUGAGGCACUUAGCCAAGCUUUUAGAAAAGCCAUCGGCGUAAGGAUCAAACGUAUAGUGCGAGCAAAGUACUCAAACACAGCUAACUUGCACGAGCAUGGAGAGCUGCAGAAGAGAAAAGAGGUGGUCCACACAGUGUCGCUGCACGAGAUCGACGUCAUUAACAGUCGCACACAAGGCUUCCUGGCUCUUUUCUCUGGAGACACCGGAGAGAUCAAGUCUGAAGUCCGCGAGCAGAUUAAUGCCAAAGUGUGUGAGUGGAGGGAAGAAGGAAAGGCGGAGAUCAUUCCAGGGGUGUUAUUUAUUGAUGAGGUGCAUAUGCUGGACAUGGAGUGCUUUUCCUUCUUGAACCGUGCCCUGGAGAGUGACCUCUCCCCAGUUCUCAUUAUGGCCACCAACAGAGGCAUCACUCGAAUCCGUGGAACAAACUAUCAGAGCCCUCACGGCAUCCCCAUCGACCUCCUCGAUCGGCUGCUCAUCAUCGCCACCUCCCCUUACACCGAAAAAGAGACGAAGCAGAUCCUGAAGAUCCGGUGUGAGGAGGAGGAUGUGGAGCUGAGCGAGGAGGCUCACACGGUCCUCACUCGUAUUGGCAUGGAAACGUCACUGCGCUACGCGAUCCAGCUGAUCAGCACCGCAGGACUGGUGUGUCGUAAACGCAAGGGCACAGAGGUUCAGGUAGAAGACAUUAAGAGAGUUUACUCUCUGUUCCUGGAUGAGGCCAGAUCCUCUCAGUACAUGAAGGAGUAUCAGGAUUCCUUCCUCUUUAACGAAACACAAACAGCUGCUAUGGACACCUCAUAAUGAAGACGAUGCUUUCUUUUUUUUUUAUGCUGUUCGCCGUCAUCGAGUGUUGGUGUCGAUUCACAGCCGGACUUCUUCCCAAAUUUGAGUUUAGCCUCUUGAAUUAACUGAAUUAGGCUGGAGAUGGACUUUAAAUCGAGGGAAACCACAGAAUUGUCCUUGAUCUGUUUAAAUUCAAAUCUUUUGGACUGAAAUUCAAUCGAAUUUUGAAACGACCCCAGUUCUUCAUCUCUGAGGCCUUGUGGCGUGAAUAUCCAUUCCUUAAGUGUUUGUUUUAUGUUGUUGACCUUUACAUGGUUUAAUUUUAUGAAAAUAAGUAAACAAGCUUUUCUAAGCA